AUGGUUUCAGGUUUGGUGUGCGUGGUAUGCGGCGACACUAGCUCCGGCAAGCACUAUGGAAUUCUCGCGUGCAAUGGCUGCAGUGGAUUCUUCAAAAGAUCUGUCAGAAGAAAACUAAUAUACAGAUGUCAGGCGGGCACGGGGCGUUGUGUGGUCGACAAGGCGCACAGGAAUCAAUGCCAGGCCUGUCGUCUCAAGAAAUGUCUCGCCAUGGGAAUGAAUAAAGAUGCUGUACAGAACGAGAGACAGCCACGAAACACCGCUACCAUACGACCUGAAGCACUCAGAGAUAUGGACCAAGAGAGAGCGCUGCGAGAGGCGGCUGUUGCUGUUGGAGUCUUUGGACCGCCGGUGUCGCUCGCGAUGGCGCUGUCUCCGGCGCGGUAUCCAUUACUGUCACCGCAUUACGCACCGCUGCCGCCGCCGCCCCAACCAGACUCCUCCCGAGACCACCACGAUGAACACCACUCUGACAGUGACGAUGACAGUAUCGACGUGACUAACGAAGAAGAUUCUACAUCUUACUCCCCGCCUGCGAUAACCAAUUAUCCACAAAACUGUCCCCCAUACAGACCGUUGGGAGUGGAAAGUUCAGCAGAAACAGCGGCGCGACUUCUAUUUAUGGCGGUUAAAUGGGCUAAGAAUCUGCCUUCAUUUGCCAGUUUGGCUUUCAGAGAUCAAGUAAUCUUACUGGAAGAAGCCUGGUCAGAGUUAUUCUUACUGAACGCCAUACAAUGGUGUCUGCCGCUAGAUGCCGCAUGCGCAGCGCUCUUUGGCAGCGAACAGACAGAUCAAGAGAGCGGUGUGAACUCAGCGACGCUGCGUCGUCUACGCGACGUGUUGGCUCGUUACCGCGCUGUGUUGGUUGAUCCCGCGGAGUUCGCCUGCAUGAAAGCCAUCGUACUGUUUAAAUCUGAGACGCGAGGACUGAAGGACCCGCUGCAGAUCGAGAACCUGCAGGACCAGGCGCAGGUGAUGCUGAUGACGCACGCGCGCACAGCACACGGCGCCGCGCCCGCGCGCUUCGGCCGCCUGCUGCUGCUGCUGCCGCUGCUGCGUCUCGUGCCCCCCCACCUCCUCGAGAUCGAGUUCUUCGCCAAGACUAUUGGACACACGCCCAUGGAGAAGGUACUCGCUGAUAUGUACAAGAAUUGAUCCGCCUCGAGGGACCACAUCUUUCUCUUUCAAUGCUUUGCUUCUCUAGUACACUUUACUUUGUCAAUAUGUAUGAGAAGGGGAAUAUUAAACUGCCUGUUCCUUUAAAUCCUACUAUAUAUUAUAAAUGCGAAUGUUUAGAUGGAUGGAUGUUUGAAGGUAUAUCCAGAACAGC